AUGGCGCCAUUACAAGACAUCAACACCCCAGACGAGUGGAGCGCCCACGUCGCUGCCCUCCCCUCUUCUACCCUCCUCGUCAUCUUCUUCCACGCCCCCUGGGCAGCUCCCUGCACACAAAUGCGAGCCGUACUCGAAGCCCUCGCCGAAGACUACCCAAAGGAAGGUACGAGCUGGGUCGCAGUCAACGCCGAAGAAGUUAGUGAUGUCUCCGAGACCUACGACGUUACCGCCGUCCCUUACAUCGUCCUACAACGUAACGACAAAGUCCUCGAGACAAUCAGCGGUAGCAACGCCGCCCUCGUGCGAAAAGCGAUCGAGGGACACGUCCAGAAAACCACUAACGGGGUCAAGACGAACGGUGUAGAAGCAGCCAAGGCAGAAGGAGGAGAUAGCGUCGAUAUCGCGGUUCAAGAGGAGGAACAACUCAACCCCGAGGAAGAGAUUCGCAAGAGACUAGAAGGACUUGUUAAGGCUGCGCCUGUCAUGCUCUUCAUGAAAGGAACACCCAACGCUCCUCAAUGCGGAUUCUCGCGCCAGAUGGUUAAUAUCCUUCGCGAGCGCAGCGUCAAGUACGGCUUCUUUAACAUACUUGCUGAUGACGACGUGCGCCAAGGCCUGAAGAAGUUUGCUGACUGGCCAACAUACCCUCAACUAUGGGUUUCUGGUGAAUUAGUUGGUGGUUUGGAUAUCGUCAAGGAGGAACUUGACAACGACCCCGAAUUUUUCAAGGAGUUUAGUGUACCCGCCAAGGAAGAGGGCGCUGCCGCGGCGUGA